AUGUGUAGCGAUCCUAGUGGCGGUGAAGAGCCGAACCAGGACAAGAGCCUGAAACGUCCCCACGCUGUUGCUCCGGUUGAGUCCAGGCUUCCCAUUAAAAAGAGACUGUUGGCACGAUUGGCUGACGCUGGCACGGGUGGCGAUGGACCUACCUGCCAUCAGCAAGAACAGCAAGAGCAGGAGCUUCGUCAUGAGCCCGCUGGAGCUCCGUUCGAUUCUGUUCCUACUGGAAGGGCUUUAACGCCGGGUGAGCUCGGCCUGCAACCAUCGCCACACCUCAGUGGGCAGACGCCGGAGCAACAGCGGACGCCGACAGAACUCGAUGCAGCCACAGGACUGCUGACCCUUACCCCACACCAGCAUGAUGCUAAACAGUCUGUAGCAGGUACAGGGGAAGCAGCUUCUCCAGAUCUGAUGAGGCUCCAGCAGGAGGUCUACCAGCACCAAGGAGACCCGCCGCGGAAACAGAAGCAGCAGCCCCAACUAGAGCAACACCAGCAGGUUCAAGACGAUCUGCACCGUCAGAGGCUGCUCCAGUACUGGCAGCAUUUGCAAUAUCAGCAGCUGCUCUCAACGGAUAAGGUUCAGCAACAGCACUUCCUGUUUCAACAGCAGGAGCAGGGGAAGCAGGAUUUGCAAAAGCAACGGCAACAUACGCAGAAUUUGAUGCAACAGCAGCAACGUCCGCAGUACUGGCCUCAACAACAACAGCAGCAGUACUUUUCUCAGCAGCAGGGGAAUCCCCAGCCUCCACAAAGUCAGCAACAUUACGGCGUUCAACAAAGGGAACAAUACACGCAUUUGCUUCACCAGCAAGAGCCGAACUAUUUCCCUGAGCAGAAGGAGCAGCAUUCGGCCCAAGAGGAGAGCAAGCAGCCGCACUUGCAACUCCAAAAGCACGGGGAGCAAGUCAAACAACAAGAGAGGCAGGUGACAGCGACGGAGCA